UGGCAUAUAAGCAGAUUGCCGGUUCAGCAAAAACAGCUGGUGAACCAAUCCUUAGUAAUUAAUCAUAAAGCUUAAAAUGUUUCUAAUAAGACGUUACUUUAGUGGGUUUCAACACAUAAAAGCAAUUACAAAUACUGCUAAACCUGGAGACCGUCUUGAUGUGCUAGGAUGGAUCAAAAACAUACGGCGCUUGAAGAAAAAUAUAUUUUUUGACCUUAACGAUGGUUCCACUGUACGUCAAUUUCAAGUGGUCAUACCGAAAACAACGGACACAAAGGAUAUAAGUGUUGGGAGUAAUAUCCGUGCAUCCGGGUUCAUACAAGUAGCGCCUAAUGGCCAACUAGAAUUACACGCCGAACAUGUAAAAGUAAUAGCUGACGGCCAUAUAACAGAUUAUCCUUUUACGCCAAAGCAGCAGCAUCCUCCUGAAUAUGUUCGUGAACAUUUACACCUGCGUGCGCGUGUAGAUUACAUAGCGGCGCAAAUGAGAUUGAGGCAUCGUGCAUUGAAGGCGAUACAUGACUAUAUGGAUGAAUUGCACUUUGUCCAGAUUACCACUUCCGUUCUUACAACAAAUGACUGUGAAGGUGCUGGAGAAAUUUUCAGAGUGCAACCAGAUUCUGAUGUGCUCCUCAAGGAAAUGGCCCGACCCAAUAUUCCCACUGAGCAUAGUUACUUCGACAAAAAAGUGUUUUUGUCCGUUUCAGGGCAAUUACAUUUAGAAGCAAUGUCACAUGGAUUGGGUAAUACAUACACAUUAACCCCAGCAUUUCGCGCUGAAAAUUCUAAAUCGCCACUACAUUUAUCGGAAUUUUAUAUGUUUGAGGCUGAAUUAGCAUUUAUGGAGGACAUUUCCUCCUUAACCUCAUUCAUUGAGAAAAUGAUAAAAAACGUUACAUUACGGAUUAUAGAAUCAGCAACAGACGAUUUAAAAUUUUGUCAAGAAAAAGCAUUAGGUUCUGCUUUUGAGCUACCUUGGCUGAAAGCAGCGUGGAUCACUCUUAGCUAUGAUGAAGCUUUGGACAUUUUAAUAGCAAAUAAAGAGAAAUUUAAAACAGCACUUAAACCAAGUGAAGGAUUUUCUAAGGAACAAGAAUUAUUCCUCGCCGACCAUUGUGGAACUCCAGUGUUUGUUGUUGAUUGGCCUUCUGAUCAAAAGCCUUUCUAUAUGAAAGUGGUUCAAACAAAACCUGAUCGAGUUCAUGCUCUAGAUUUGUUAAUGCCUGAAGUUGGAGAAUUGUGUGGAGGGAGUUUACGUGAAAAUGACGAGAUGCGUUUGAGGUCACAUCCACGUUUACCACAAGACUUGGAAUGGUAUUUGGAAUUGAGAAAGUUUGGCGGCGUUCCUACAGGUGGUUUCGGCUUAGGUUUUGAGCGCUACCUUCAAUUACUCAGUGGAGUAAAGAACAUACGUGAUGUUAUACCAUUUCCACGAUACCCACAUAGUUGCCAAAUGUGAAUAUAUUUAUGUUGCUUUUAUUACUAUGCAUAUUCAUGAAGAUGAAAAGUUGACAAUGAAAGUAAUAAUAAUAAUUAAUAUUCUUUAAAAGCAACAAAAAAAACAUUUUCAUUAAUUUAAAUAUAUUUUGUCACCUAUUACGUAUACGGAUUUCGAUA